UGGCUCCUCCUCCUCCUCCAGCUACCUGUAAAUCUGCGAUGCCAUCUCCACCGACAAAUGGAUGUGACAGCCGGAGAAGGACUAAACGCGCUCCUCAACACCAAGAAAACCUUAAUGUUUUCAAGCCCCUAGAAUAAACUGCGACCUUUAUUCUAACGCGCAUUCAGGAGGAGCGCAUUCAACAGUGCGCGCAAGUAGCAGCUGAGCUGCGCUGUUAAAACAAGGUGGAGGAGUGAAUCAUCGACUCUUUUAACAUCGUCAUAUACAGUUUCAUCCAUCGGGACUGAGAGGAGAGGAAAAAUCGUGAAUUUUCUGAGGAGUUUUUGCAAGAAAAAUGUGAUUUUUACGCACAGAACCAAGCUGGAUGACGCACAGCUCCAGCCAUGAUGGCGCACGACUGAUAUCCUGAUUUUUUUUAUUUAUAGGGAAGGGAAGUUUUUAUUCUAACAGUGUGCGUGUGUCGACUCAACUUUUGCUGUCGUUUUGCUCAGUGGAGCCAGAUGAGAAGAAGGCAGAGAAGAGGAGCCUGGAGGUGGUUGACUUAACAUGGCUGGCUGCUGGAGCUCCAAGGAGCGCCUGAAUCCACCUUUGAGUUGAUUUUGGGGUGGUUGGGUGGUUGGUGGUCGAUAAUGUCGAAGAAGAGAUUCCCGGAUCCGUCCAUCCACAUCUCCAAGAUGAGCGUCAUCAUCCCUUUUUCUCCAGAUGUGCCCUGUGACAGCAAUGGCCAGCGGAUGUGGUGGGCUUUCCUCGCCUCCUCCAUGGUCACUUUCUUUGGGGGUCUCUUCAUAAUCCUCCUGUGGAGAACUCUCAAAUAUCUGUGGACCGUGUGCUGCCACUGUAACGCCAAGAAGAAGGAGGUCCAUCGGAUCAUCACAGUCGAUGGCAUCAAGCGCACCGACAAGGACGACCCGGCGGCCAGCGAGGUGGGCUGGAUGACCUCGGUCAAAGACUGGGCCGGAGUCAUGAUAUCCGCUCAGACGCUGACAGGAAGAGUCCUGGUGGUGCUCGUAUUUGCUCUCAGCAUCGGAGCCCUUGUUAUAUACUUCAUAGAUUCUUCUGAUCCCAUCGAGUCCUGCCAGAAUUUCUACAAAGAUUUCACGUUGCAGAUCGACAUGGCGUUCAAUGUGUUCUUCCUGCUGUACUUUGGCCUCCGUUUCAUUGCUGCCAACGACAAGCUGUGGUUCUGGUUGGAGGUGAACUCGGUGGUGGACUUCUUCACGGUUCCUCCGGUGUUUGUGUCUGUGUACCUUAACAGGAGCUGGCUCGGCUUGAGGUUUUUAAGGGCCUUAAGGUUGAUACAGUUCUCAGAAAUUUUACAGUUUUUGAAUAUACUAAAGACAAGCAACUCCAUAAAGCUGGUGAACCUGUGUUCAAUCUUCAUAAGCACAUGGCUAACUGCAGCAGGAUUCAUUCAUUUGGUGGAAAACUCAGGGGAUCCUUGGGAAAACUUCCAAAAUUCCCAAGCACUUUCCUACUGGGAAUGUGUCUACUUGCUCAUGGUUACUAUGUCCACUGUCGGCUAUGGAGACGUUUAUGCAAAAACCACCCUGGGCCGGCUGUUUAUGGUCUUCUUCAUCCUUGGUGGUUUGGCCAUGUUUGCUCGCUACGUGCCAGAAAUUGCUGCUCUCAUCCUUAAUCGGAAGAAAUAUGGAGGGAGUUAUAACUCGACCAGAGGCAGAAAGCACAUCGUGGUCUGUGGUCAUAUUACACUUGAGAGUGUGUCCAACUUUCUAAAAGACUUCCUACACAAGGACAGGGAUGAUGUCAAUGUAGAAAUUGUUUUUCUCCAUAAUAUUUCCCCUAAUCUUGAGCUGGAAGCCUUGUUCAAGCGUCACUUCACUCAAGUGGAGUUCUACCAAGGAUCAGUCCUGAACCCACAUGACCUGGCCAGAGUUAAGAUCGAAUCAGCUGAUGCUUGUUUGAUCUUAGCCAACAAAUACUGUGCUGACCCUGAUGCUGAGGAUGCAUCCAACAUCAUGAGAGUAAUAUCUAUCAAGAACUACCAUCCAAAGAUCAGAAUUAUCACUCAGAUGUUGCAGUACCACAAUAAGGCCCACCUUUUGAACAUCCCGAGCUGGAACUGGAAGGAAGGAGAUGAUGCUAUUUGCCUUGCGGAGCUGAAGCUGGGCUUCAUCGCUCAGAGCUGCCUGGCUCAGGGCCUCUCCACCAUGCUGGCCAACCUCUUCUCCAUGAGGUCCUUCAUCAAGAUUGAGGAGGACACGUGGCAGAAGUAUUACCUAGAAGGAGUAGCCAAUGAGAUGUACACAGAGUACCUGUCCAGUGCCUUUGUGGGCAUGUCCUUCCCCGUCAUUUGCGAACUCUGCUAUGUGAAGCUAAAGCUGCUACUGAUAGCUAUAGAGUACAAGUCUGAUCAAAGGGAAUGCAGCACCCUGAUAAACCCUGGAAACCACAUGAAAAUGCAGGAGGGGACAUUGGGCUUCUUCAUUGCCAGCGAUGCCAAAGAAGUAAAGAGGGCGCUGUUUUACUGUAAAGCCUGUCACGAUGACAUUACUGACCCCAAAAGGAUAAAGAAAUGUGGCUGCAAGAAAUUGAUAUAUUCCAAGAAGGCCGCCUACAAGAAAAUGAGACUGGCAUGUUGUUUUGAUUGCGGCCGCUCAGAGCGGGGCUGCUCUUGCAUGCCAGUUAAUGUGCGUUGUAACAUGGACUCCCCUCAACGCGACAUCCCACUCUCUGCUGUCUCUGUUAAUGAUUGCUCAGCCACUUUACGUGCCUCUAAAAAUAGCUAUAAUGGAUAUAUCAAAUCAAUUGAAGAGGACCAACAGUCGGCGUUGUCGCCUAAAAAAAAGCAACGCAACGGAGGCAUGAGAAAUUCUCCAAACUCCUCACCCAAGAUUAUGAGACAUGACCCGCUCCUCAUCCCGGGCAACGAGCAGAUUGAGAGCAUGGACGAUAACAUAAAGAAAUACGACUCCACGGGGAUGUUUCACUGGUGCCCGUCCAAAGACAUCGAGAAGGUCAUCUUGACCCGGAGCGAGGCAGCCAUGACUGUUCUGAGCGGCCACGUGGUCACAUGCAUAUUUGGAGAUGUGAAAUCAGCGCUGAUCGGUCUCCGAAACUUUGUCAUGCCUCUGAGAGCGAGCAACUUUCACUACCACGAGCUGAAGCACAUCGUGUUUGUCGGCUCACUCGAGUAUCUGAAGCGGGAGUGGGAGACUCUUCACAAUUUCCCAAAGGUCUCCAUUUUACCUGGCACGCCGUUGAGUCGGGCAGAUCUGAGGGCUGUCAACAUCAACCUCUGCGACAUGUGUGUCAUCCUGUCAGCCAAUCAGAACAAUAUUGACGAUGCAUCACUGCAGGACAAAGAAUGCAUCUUGGCGUCACUCAACAUCAAAUCCAUGCUGUUUGACGACAGCAUCGGGGUCUUGCAGGCUAAUUCCCAAGGCUUCACACCACCAGGGAUGGAUAGAUCCUCUCCUGAAAACAGCCCAGUCCACGGAUUAGUGAGGCAGGUUUCGGUCACAACUGGAGCAAAUAUUCCCAUCAUAACAGAACUAGCGCCAUUAGCAAAGGCAGGCAAAAAACUGCCUGUGAUUUCAUUCAGUCAGGAUAAAAGCAGUGGGACCAGCAUACAAAUGAUAACUGAGCUUGUGAAUGACUCGAACGUUCAGUUCCUGGACCAAGACGAUGAUGACGACCCCGACACCGAGUUAUACCUCACUCAGCCUUUCGCCUGUGGGACAGCCUUCGCCGUCAGUGUGCUGGAUUCCUUAAUGAGUGCUACAUACUUCAAUGAUAAUAUCCUCACCUUGAUCCGGACGUUGGUAACAGGCGGGGCGACGCCGGAGCUGGAGGGGCUGCUGGCAGAGGAGAACGCGUUGCGGGGCGGCUACAGCACGCCACAGACGCUGGCGAACAGGGACAGGUGUCGUGUGGCACAGCUGGCCUUGUACGACGGGCCCUUCGCCGACCUCGGGGAUGGUGGGUGUUAUGGUGACCUGUUUUGUAAAGCCCUGAAAACAUACAACAUGUUGUGCUUUGGCAUCUAUCGAUUACGAGACGCACAUUUAAACGCACAAAGCCAAUGUACCAAACGGUACGUCAUAACCAAUCCACCAUAUGCGUUUGAGUUGGUGCCCUCAGACCUGAUAUUCUGCCUGAUGCAGUUUGACCACAAUGCUGGCCAGUCUCGAACCAGCCUCUCCCACUCUUCCCAUUCGUCCCAUUCCUCCAGCAAAAAGAGCUCCUCCGUCCACUCUAUCCCAACCACCAAUCGCACCAACCGCGCCAAAAGCAGGGACUCAAAACAAAAUGCAACAAGGAUGAAUAGAGUGGGCCAAGAAAAGACAUGGUUUACAGAUGAGCCAGAGAGCACCCACCUGAGGACCAUACAGAUCAAGCCUGUGAAUACGCUCGCCAUCAACCAAGUCAGUCAGUAUAAAUCCACGAGCAGCUUGAUUCCACCCAUCAGAGAAGCAGAAGACGAGUGCUGAGCUCCGGACCCGCGCUGACACCUGGACGCUUGGACCCAGAAGACUCGUCGUGUAGGUGUCAGACUGGGAUUCGGGGUCAUCUGCAAACACAAAAUCAUCAAUCGACAUUAGAUGAGACGAACACAAACUGCUUUUUCCUCAUUCAUCUCUGCAGCACGCUCAUUGUACAAGCAGAUUUAGAAUCAAACAUGAAAUAUACAUGAAGACAAUCGUAGUCAAAUGUCAGCAACCACUCAACUAUUAGUUUGCACAACUAAUCUUUAGUGGUGACCAGACUCCAUGACUUUUUUGUUCCAUUUUGGGGAAUGAGGGUCACUUGCAAGAGAAAACAGCAAUGUAAAAAAAUGACUACUGCUACUAAAAGAGGUGAUUAUUAUAACUUGAUCAAGUUUUGCAAUUGUAAAAGUUGCCUUUUAAGCUGUUGAUGAACAACUACUACUACUACUGCAUUGACUUUACCCUGUGUUGCAGAGUCAUUCUGUACAGUAUGUUAAAAAUGUGUAUUUUACAUUCAGCUGCGAUCCCACCACAAUGGCAUUGUCAGUGACUGACUCUCAGUGAUUCCUUUGCCAUUUGGAGCUAAUUCACAACAUUUGUGACAGUUAAGAUGGCCAGCGUCCAUGUGUAAAUGGCAUUUGGCUCCAGCCUUAUCUCUAUCCAUUUAUAUAUUUGUCUUAUCUUUGCCUUUUUGAGUUGUUUGUUAUAACUGUUUUCAUGUCGCUGUUUGGUUGCAAUGUCCAAAACCCCCAGAAAUCAUAUUAAGUAAAGCUUUUAAGUAUCUGCAAAGUUUCUCCAGGGGUAAAGCUUUAGGAAUAUUAUUUUUUUUCUUCUCUUCGUUUUUGACAAUAGCCAAAUAUGAUAGAGCUGUUUCGUUGUUAGAAUAUAACCAACAAUCUCACACAGUUUAUAAUACGGUGGCAGAGAUAUUAAUUUACUUAAGGCACAAUAGAUGGCGAAGCUAAAUACUAUGGUAUAGCAUGGCACCAUAUGUUAAAUAUGUAGAUGAAUUGAAUGUGAAGGCCUCAUAUCGCAUGAAGUGGGCAUCGUUAAGUCCUCCUUUGGUUGUAAGCACUGCCUGACACAGGAUUGUCUUGGAGGCCAUAAAGCGCUUGUAUGUACUCCAUGACCGAUCUUAAUGCCAUAAACAGACAUGCUUUUUGUAGAUAUAAGAAAAACAGCUCUAUCAUAAAAAAGUUAUUUUGGCUAUUUAUGUGUUCUGAAACCAUCUUGAUGAUCGAUUACAUAUCGGAUAUAUUCAUAAAACAAACGCACCAAAUGAAGCACAGAUCAUUUGUUUCAUUCCGUACAUGAGUCCAGAGUGGUUAUUAAUCUUGUCUUGUCUUAUUUAAAUCAUAAAUCAUAGCUAUAUUGGCACUGAUGUCACUUUACUUCAGAAUCAAUGAAAGGGAAAGGAAAGGAAAAAGGAAAAACAAAAUUGCAAGCUUAAUCCACAGAGGAUGCUUCAUAGGACUCAUGUUGGAUGUGAAAAGAGAGAGGGUUGUGACAUUUUUACUGGCACGGAGAAAAUCCAAACCAUCCGUCCCUCAGUGCCAGUAAUGUGCCAGGCAGUGCCGAAGCCAAAGGAGGACUCCAGAAGACCCACUGCUGCGAAAAGAGGCCUCUAAUUUAGCUGAAUUUAAGCAAAUUUACUUUUGCUUUGAGACUGAGAAAUGCUCAGAUCAUUCUUUUUAAAGACUAGUCUUUGAAUUUCGUAAUACAAGGCUGCAAUUCCCUGGAGAUAACUAGAACGGUAGUAAAGUUUAAUUUAAGUCUUAAAUUUAAGUUUUAAAUGAUCCAUCGUCAAUGUCAGAGCCUGAUAGCAAUUCAUUUUAUGUACUCUUCGAAGAAAUCUGUAAAGCUUAAUGUAAAAAUAUUUUCUUUCUUGUGUGUUCUUGUUUGACAGUACUUGUGGGGUUGAGAGACAUCUGGCAUUGCAGUCUAGUUUGUAUUAUUUUGUGAAUUUCUUUUUAGCACACUGACUUGUGGAUACAAUGACAGUGCUAAGUUGAUAUUUCUGACUAUGUCAUAAUACCCAAUAAUAAAUACAGUUUAUUGUCUUGUACAAAUAGGCUUGUACAUAAAAAAUUGUACAUGAUUUCAUUUUGUAUUUUCACAAAUUAAAAGCUGAUGUACUGUGUUCUA